GGAAGAUGACGUAAUGGGAGACCGGUGGGUUUCGUGCCCGGUUGUGGAUUGGCUACAUUUUGCCAACAGACCUUGUGAUUGGCUGGCCAGUGCCGGUCAAACGCCUACACACUUUCACCCUGGCGGUAGAUAUAAAAGGGGGAUACUUAGGCAUUGAACAGCAUCACGAUUUAGAAACAUAUAUUGAGGAAACCUCCACCACGUUUUACUGUUUCUUAAGAAGCUUUGCAUUUCAAGAGAGGACAUUAUGGUUAUGCUGAAGAUUUCAUCUUUCCUUGCUGUUUAUGCCUUGGUUAUGUGCCAGAUGGAUAGCUCCCAAGCAACCCCACUCAGACCUGGCUUAGACUCUAUAACGGAUCGAGUGACACUCAGUGAUUACGAAGCUCGGCGGUUAUUAAAUGCGUUGGUGAAAGAAUUUGUUCAGAUGACAGCGGAAGACCUGGAACAAGCGACUGAGGGGAAUAGUGUAACAGCACAGAAAAGGGCAUGUAACACAGCAACCUGUGUGACCCAUCGUCUGGCAGACUUCCUGAGCAGGUCAGGAGGAGUGGGCAAGAGCAACUUUGUACCUACCAAUGUGGGAUCUAAAGCUUUUGGGAGGCGAAGAAGAAAUGCUCAAAUAUAAACAUCUGAAUGACAUCUGGAAAAUGAUUGCCAUGAAACUGAAAUGUUAACUCCCUUUUGUUUCUAAUGAAAGCAACUCUUCUCCAUAAAUCAAGAAGGCCAAACAGAAGACUCAUUUUUUGCAUCCUUCUAAUAUUUAAAAAUGUUUUGUUAAAAACAAAUGAAAGCACUUCUGUUAUGUAUAGUACAAAACAAUCUAAUUAUUCAAGUUAAAUUAUUGUAUAUUCUUUUUAUAUGCAAUUCUAUUUCAAAUAAAAUGUGAGAGCAUCUAUUAUUUAUUUAUCUUCUAGCAUAUAUGUGAAAUGUGACCCAUGCUAUUUAUCUGGGCAAUACUGCCAAAUCUCGGGGAUUACACUAAAUUGCUGCCUGUCAAGGCAUAUCUGUAAAAUAUGGUGUGCUGUGCCUUGAUGUAAAACAUUUAACUAACAUGAUUGUACAGUAUGUUUAAAAACACUCCAAUAUUGUAUCAUUUGUGAAUUUAAGCAAGAUUAAAAAAAGUAUUUUAGAUA